UUUAGCAGCGGAUUGAAGAUGGCGGCGGGUUCAGAUCUGCUGGAUGAUGUUUUCUUUAAUACAGAGGUGGACGAGAAAGUGGUGAGCGACAUAGUGGGCUCCUUGGAGUCACAUUUGGCAGCUACUGCUAGCAACACGCCCGAAGUUAGACCCCAAGGAGUCGCAAAUCAUGUUGCCAGUUCUGGGGUAGGAAGCAAUGCUAAUGCCCAGACAGACAGCAAAAUGGGACUUGCACAAGAGGUGGCAAAAGGAGGGGCUGGAGUGCAAGGGGGUGUUAUUAACAAUACAAGGUCCCAGGGUUCAGCUAUGGAUGCAACAGUGAUUACAUCUUCAUCUGCAGGAUCCGAGGCAUCAGGGGCUAUCAGUCAGGGUAAAUCUGUGGUCAUCAAUGCCAUGGCAACCAAUUUACCCAAUCAUGGGUCCGGCAAUGGGAAAAUUGGGACCUCUGCGGUACAAACUUUGAAUGGAAGUAAUGUAGUAAUGAACUCUCACAAUUCAGGAAGUGCUGCCACUUUUACUGGAACUAAUGCUUCGAGUACUAAUGCACCUGCUGUAACAGUAGUCAACAAUGGACCUGGAUCUGUUGUAAAAGGAUCUGUUAACGCUGUCUUACCUACGGCGGCAAGUACUGUCAUCCAGACUUCUUAUAUGAACACACCGAAUGUUUCGUCGACAGUUAUUUCACCACAAGGAGCGAGUCUUGGACCUACUGUUACGUUGGUGAGGACUCCGAUUCACACGGGACAUGCUACAACACAAAAUGGAAAUAGUACUGUACUAAAUUCUGCUUUGAACGUUGCUAGCUUACCAGUAAGUGUUGGGUCUGGCGUAUCUCUCCAGCCGCCACUUCUUAACAGCCAGCCUGCUUCAAGUUUGGCUGGGAACGUUGCAUUGACUGCGGGGACACAUGUAAUGAAGUCUGAAUCUCCGAAAUCCAUUAUUCAGGCGACCCAGCAGUUAUUGACAGCUAGCAGUCAGCAGAAUACGAGUAACAUGGUCCUUGGGCAACCUAUGCAAGGUGGGCUUCCGAGUGUAGCUCCCAAUCCUGGUGGAAUACAGUCUCAUCCCGCUGGUGCACCAUCUGGAAUUACCAAGACAACUGCUAGUACUGCUUCCCAAAAUAUAUUGAGGACUCCAACAGUUACGACUACUGGAGGCAUAAGGGCUACGAUGGCACCCCCUGUUUUAGCUCCUCGUCUCCCCCAUGCAUCACACAAUCCUAGUAUUCAAAACUUUCAGUUACCCCCUGGCAUGGUCCUGGUCCGCAGUGACAGUGGGCAGCUCUUGAUGAUACAUCAACAGGCCCUCGCUCAGAUGCAAGCACAAGCACAUGCUCAGGCACAAACACAGUCCCAGAACACCAUGACUCAACGGUCUGCAACACCUACCAGUGCUCCUGCGGUCCAGCUGUCCACUGUACAGGCUCCUGGAACAUCUAUCAUUGCACGGCAGGUGACCCCUACUACCAUCAUUAAGCCAGUAUCACAAGCCCAGACGACAGUGCCAGCAACAACAACGUUACAGCGACCUCCUGUAGUGCAGCCCCAGAUUGUUUUGGGUGGGACAACACAAACAGCUGCAAUAGGACCAGCAUCAUCUGUCCAGCCUGGAACUCCUCAAAGACCUGCACAAGGAACAGCAACUGCUACAGUCAGUACCACAGACUCUCUGGCUGUCAGCAGAGGUCCCGCACGUAUUACGCCAGUGACAUUAAAUGCUGCAGGACAGCCUCACGCACUGCCUGGCAACAUAAUAUCUCCCAUGCAGCCACAACCUGGAAUGGAAACUAACAGUGUUAUAGGUCCCGUGGUCAUGACGGUAACACCGGAAACAAUGGAAAAUGUAAAGAAGUGCAAAAACUUUCUGUCUACGUUAAUUAAGCUGGCAUCAUCUGGCAAACAGUCAACAGAAACAGCUGCUAAUGUGAAAGAGCUAGUGCAGAAUCUUCUGGACGGAAAAAUUGAACCCGAAGACUUCACGAGUAGAUUGUAUCGGGAACUCAACUCAUCACCUCAGCCAUACCUUGUGCCUUUUUUAAAGAGGAGUCUGCCGGCUUUGAGACAAUUAACCCCAGACUCAGCUGCUUUUAUUCAACAAAGCCAACACCCACAACCGAUUGUACAAGCAACGACAGCACUUACAGCAGUGGUUUUAGGGAGCUCUGUUCAGAGGACUGCAGGAAAAGCCACUGCUACAGUAACAAGUACUCUCCAACAGCCUGUAAUCAGCCUGGCGCAGUCUGCGCAAGCUGGCAAUAAAGGACAACAUACGUCGCUGGUCAUACAGCAGGCGCAUAAGCAGGGACAGCUUGUUAGAUCUCCUCAUGUAGCAUUGUCACAGUCACAAAUGGUGACGCUGAGAACGCCUUCUCAUCGAAUCAUGGUGACGCCUCCACAGGUCCAAGUAAACCGAAUACAGCCAGUAAUGAAGCCUACAGUAUUACCUGGAGCCAAAGGCCCGCCCACAUUUUCAGCACAAGUAGCUGCCAAUCAGAAAAAUAAGCUAAAGGAUACAGGAGGUGGUUUCUUUAGGGAUGACGAUGAUAUCAAUGAUGUAGCGUCCAUGGCUGGUGUAAAUCUGUCAGAAGAAAGUGCACGGAUAUUGGCAACAAACUCAGAACUAGUUGGAACGUUAACGCGGUCGUGUAAAGAUGAGACAUUCCUCUUAUCAUCAGCUUUACACAGAAAAAUUAUGGAAAUAGGUAAGAAAUAUGGGGUAACUGACAUUAAUCCAGACGUCAUCAACUAUGUGUCACAUGCAACGCAGCAGAGGUUACAGAACCUUGUAGAAAAAAUAUCAGAAACAGCCCAACAAAGAAACAUUUCAUAUAAGGAUGACGAGAGAUACGAGCAAACGAGUGAUGUACGGAUGCAGUUGAAAUUCUUUGAACAACUUGAUCAAAUAGAGAAGCAAAGAAAGGAUGAACAAGAAAGAGAAAUUUUAAUGCGUGCAGCAAAGUCACGGUCAAGGCAAGAGGAUCCAGAACAGCUUAGGCUAAAACAGAAAGCAAAGGAGAUGCAGCAGCAGGAAUUGGCGCAGAUGAGGCAGCGAGAUGCCAAUUUAACAGCACUUGCAGCUAUUGGUCCAAGAAAGAAACGGAAAGUGGAUUCUCCGGGGCCUGGGACAGGGACAGAGGGCUCAGGGACCAGUGGGACACUUCCAGGUAGUGCUGGUGUUGGAACAAGGCAAUUUACACGGCAGAGAAUAACACGAGUGAAUCUCAGGGACCUCAUUUUCUGUUUAGAAAAUGAAAGAGAGACAAGCCAUUCACUAUUGCUAUAUAAAGCAUUCCUUAAAUAAACAUCUACGGAAGCAUUUGGGUCGUGGAUUGCCCAAAGGACAUUUUUAUACUUCUGAAGAUUGUGCCCUUUCUUAAAGAAAGACCCAGACUUGUAAACCAAGAAAAAGCUCUACCUGGGAGACUUUGUUUCUCUUGUAAGUAAACUCUCCAAGUGUGAUGGAACUUGAAUUGCUGCAUAAGUGGGAAUUCAAAGCCUGUGGAUGCUAUGAAUGGACAACUAAAUAUUACUCAUCUCUUGACUGAGUGGCCUUCUUGCCAAACAAGCCAUAUAUAUAUAUAUGUGUGUGUAUAUAUACAGACUAUUUAGAAUUGUUUAUCAAAUAAUCAACUACCUGUUGUUGUCAGAUCUUUUGUUGGCCUCAGUAGUUGUGUGAAUUUUUGUUAAAUAUUCCCUGCCCAUAUCUAAAACAUGGGUAUAUGUAUAUGUCUUCAGCAGAGGAACCUCAUUUUUAUUGACAAAUUGCUAAACUUGAUUCUUACAGUAUUUAUCUUUAUUUCUGUUGUGUUCUAGAAAUGUCUACAUACAAGAUAUUCAUUCUUGUUUUACGUUAACCCAUGUUUUAACCACAUUACUGCAUGUUAGAGGCCCUAAAGGUCUAUAAAAGCAUUACUUUAUGAAUGUUUUAAAAACAUCUGUAAAAAUGCAUUUUUAUGUGAUACAACUUGUAAAGAUGUAAAAAAGAAAAUGUUUUCUGCAUAUAAAUAUAUUUUACUUGCACUGUGCUUUUUUAGCUAAUGUAAAAGUUUAGAUUGAAAAAUUAAAGUUGAGGAUUUGUCAGAGACUGGUUUCCUAGUGUGAAUCAAGUGUAGAAAUAUGAAUGGUGUAUUUUGCAACUGUAGAAAAAUGGAUGGUGUAUUUUGUCAGUAAUUGUACAUAUUUUGGCACAUAACAUGAAAAGAAAUUCCCUAUGUAAACCAUAAUUAUUUUGCUAAGACCAUAUGCAAGCUGUGGGUUUCCUUUAAAGACAUCCAGAGCAAAGCCCCUUCUUUGUACCUAUUUUUUUAUCACAAAAUAUACUAAUUGGUUCUUUAUAUUUUCAGAGGGUAUUGUAUUAAAUUGUCUAUCAAUAGUACUUUUAUGAUUGUAAAUAUUUUGGAUUUUUUGUGUGAGAAUUUUAUGUUAAAUUUUAACUCGUGUAUAAACUGAAUACUGAUCAGUAUUUUAUAUCAACACCUGACAAACUGUUACACUUUUUUUGUCUUUUAGGAAAUCUUGUCUUUCCAUUUUUUCAUGUAAAUUUUGCACAGUUAUUUGUUCAUAUGUAAAUAUUUUACUUUUGAAAAAAAUGAAGUUUUUAAUUGCUAUUGUUUUAUAUAGGAUUGAAAGAAAAUUAACUCCUUUAUUAAAAACAAAUUUAUCUGUAA